AUGGCGGAAACCAGAGAGCUGAAGCUCUACGGGCUGUGGGCGAGUCCCCUCUCCAUGGCGGUGGAAAUCGCCCUCAAGCUCAAGGGACUGGACUACGAAUACAUCCAAGAAGACCUCGCCCACAAGAGCGAGGCCCUCCUCAGGUACAACCCCAUACACAAGAAGAUCCCCGUCCUCGUCCACAACGGCAAACCUCUCGCCGAGACCGUCGUCAUCCUCCAGUACAUCGAAGAGUCCUGGGAGGACGAAGGACCUCGUCUUCUCCCCCUCGACUCCUUCCGCAGAUCAAGGAUCCGCUUCUGGAUCGAUUUCAUACACAACAAGGUAACAAGUACCCCCACUCUCUCUCCCGAUCAUCCUGCGCUAUUUUCUGAACCAGAUUCGUCUCCAAAGUUGGCUCCCAUCAGCAGGACAAUCUUCUUGUCCGAAGGAGAGAGGAGGCUAAAGGCGGUGGAGGAACUGGCGGAGAGGAUCAACGCCAUGGAUGAAGGGACCCGCGAGGAUCUCCACGCAGAGGAGAGGCCCCUCGACCUUCUCGACAUCGCCAUGGGGACCUUCUGCUUCUGGCUGAGGGCCCUCGGAGACAUCGCCGGAGAGCAGCUCGUGGUGGCGGAGAAAACCGGCGGGUCACUCUUGGCGGCCCUCGCGAAGCUCGAAGCCGUCGCCGGCGUCAGAGAACUGCUCCCUGAACACGGCGAGUUGGUGGAGUACGCGAUGGCCGUGAGAGACGGGUUGAAGGUGUUCCAUGGGCCGUGA